AUGAAGAAGCAACUAAUCCGCCGCCUCUCCCGCGCGACCGACUCCUCCACCUACAGCCUCCUCCGCUCCGACUCCCACCACAACCUCCGCCGUGCCGCCGCCGGAAGAGCCGAAUCGUUCCGAUCGCUGGUGGAGCCGGCGAGGAGAUCCAGCUGCGAGAAGGCCGUCGACCACGGCUACGCCCCCGUCCACGUCGGCCACGAGAUGGAACGGUUCGUGGUGAUGAAGAAAUUUCUAAAACCCCUAAUCCAGAAUUUACUCAUUUAUCCCCAAAUUCAAAUUCAAAACUUUCCCCGCCGAAAUAUGGCAUCGUCAACCUCUGACCCAAGAACGCCGGACGCCAGAGUUCGAAUCCUCUCAACAGAAAUCAUCCACGCCAAAAACACCCAAUCACCUCUCGAACGGAUUCCCCUCACCGCCUGCGACCUCCGCCUCAUCCUCGUAGGAACCAUCCAAAAGGGGCUCCUCUUCCGAAACCCGACCACCGAUCAUCCCAUCUCUCGCCAAACCUUCAUCGAAAACUUGAAAUCCGCCUUCUCCAAGGCUCUCGCCCUCCACCACCCGUUCGCCGGCAGACUCACAGCCGACGAACACCCCGACGGCUCCGCCUCCGUCUACAUCGACUGCAACGACGCCGGAUGCCCGUUCCUCCACGCCGUCGCCGACGGCGUCACCGUCGAUGAAGCCCUGCAUCAGCCUUUCCCCGUCCCUCCCGCUCCCAUCCUCUGGUCGUUCUUCCCCUCCAACGACGUCAAGAACUACCACGGAUUCACAAAGCCACUGAUGUCGGUCCAGAUAACAGAGCUCGUCGACGGAGUGUUCAUCGGCUGGACGGUCAACCACGCCGUCGCCGACGGGACCGCACACUGGAACUUCCACCGGAUCUGGUCCAGCAUCUGCCGCGGAUGCGGCGAGUACUCGCCGCCGGUGUUCACGAGAGAUUCAUCGCUCGAAGCAAUUAAAAAAAAAAUCAGAGUCCCCUGGUCGAGAAUCAGGGACUUCAACGAGGACAAUCUCGUCAUUCCGCCUCUGAAGGAAGGUACCUUCCACUUCAGCAGGAAGAAAAUCGCCGAAUUGAAAGCAAAAGGCACCGCCGAAUUAUCCGGAUCUCGCCAAAUCUCGUCUCUCCAGAUCCUGAUUGCUCACCUCUGGAGAGCCGUGAUUAGAAGCCGUGCGGAUCCGGAUCCCGAAUCCGAGACCCGGUUCGUGAUCCAGGUGGGCUUCCGGGGCCGAUUCGAGCCCAAUAAGUUCCCAGCCCAUUACUUCGGGAACGCGAUUGGAGGGAGGACGGUCACGAUGAAGGUGAAGGAUCUGGUGGCGGAAGGGAGCUUGGGACGCGUGGCGGCGGAGGUGAACAGAGUGGUGGCGGAGACGACGGACGAGAAGCUUAGAGAGGCGGUGGAGGAUUGGAUCGAGUCUCCGGACAUGAGAGGGCUGGGAGAGUUUACGGAAGGAGGGCUGAUGCUGAGUGGAUCGCCGAGAUUCGACGCCUACGGGACGGAUUUCGGGUGGGGGAAGGCGGUGGCGGUGAGGAGCGGGUGGGCGAACAAAUGCGACGGCGUGACGGUGUUUCCGGGGCCGGAGACGGGGAGUAUGGGGUUCGAGAUCUGUCUGUCGCCGGAGUGUUUUGAUCGUCUGAGGAUGGAUUCGGAGUUCAUGGCUGCCGUUACUGAAUGAAUAUUGGUGUUCGUUGAUUGGUUGGAUUUUCCGGCGUGAAUGAUUUGGUGAACUUCUUUCUGAUUGAGUGAUGUGGAUUGUGGAGUUCCAUUCUUAGUUCGGAAUCUUCUGUGGAACGAUUCGAGUACUUCCUGAAUCCUGAUUGUGUUUUUUAGUCUCGCCGCGGAUGGUACUCAGGCCAGCCAUGGAGCUGGAUUGGGCCGACUACUUAACUUAGUUAUGGGCCUCAAAGUACGGGUAAGGCUUAGUCGGCUGUUGUAAUAGUAUGGUAUAGACUCAUCAGCCCGUUAUUUCAUAUCAUGCACAACACCAUAUGGGCUUUUUUAGAAUUUGUAAUCCGACCCUGUAGGAUGGGCCUGGAUGCGCGGUGAGCUUCUGCGCUCAGUCGUCUCAUUUGUUAACAACGUUAAAAUUUGAUCAUUAUUUAUGAAAAUAAGUUUAACUGUACGAUUUGUUCUUUAUCAUUUUC